AUGCAUCGAUUGCUGUCGGCAACCAUUAUUUCAGAGCUACAGAAGAAGAAACAGAACAAGAAAGAAGAACAAAAAAGGUUGGAUGAAGAGGGUGCUGCAAUAGUUGAAGCGGUAGCAUUGCAAGUCCUAAUUGGUGGUGGAACAGGCAGUAAGCGGCCUUACAUUUACAGGAGGAGUGGCAAUGGAAAUGGUUGGAUUUUGAAGAAUGGUGGAUGGGGUGAAGAUGGGUGUUUAGAGUAUGUUGAUGAGAUAUCUGCACAGGCUGUUUCAGGGCUACAGAUUGCAGAUGACGAAGAUACGAAUGGGUAUGUUUACAACAGAAUGGUGAGAGGGUGA